AUGCCUGGGCACAGCGAUAUAGAAACGGAGGCGCCUGCCAGCGCCCAGUGCGAACUGGGCCAGGGGCUCACCAGAUACUCUGCGGAUGAUCCUCACCUGGGGAACGGUCCGAGACAGCCUGACACUAUAAAAAGGCAACCGUCGUUCAGCCGUAUGGAUUAUCUUUUCACCCUGGAUCCUAGCGGAUUGCACUUUGGGAGCAGUGGUGGUUGUGGCUCCUUAGUGGCAGCUUCUUGGUUGCGGCUCCUUGUUUGCGGCUCCUUGGAGGCAGCUUCUUGGUGGCAGCUCCUUGGUGGCAGCUCCUUGGUGGCAGGUCCUCGGUGGAGGCUCCUUGGUGGCAGCUCCUUGGUGUCACCCUUAGUGGUGAUGGAAGGGGCAGCUUUGCUCCGUGUCCUCAUCCUACUGUCCUUGGCCUGGCUGUUGCAUGGCUCCUGGGACAGCUGUGGCACCUGCGGUACCCGUCCAAUGGCUGAUUAUUACGGUAUGUCACGCAUCGUCGGAGGUGUGAACGCACACCUGGGCACCUGGCCAUGGAUGGCCAGCAUCCAGUUCCCCACGGCCAGAGGCUUCGCACACAUCUGCGGGGGGUCCCUCAUCACCCCCCAGUGGGUCCUCACGGCUGCUCACUGCUUUGUUGGGCAAAACUUCACCACGGAUUGGUACGUGGUGGUCGGAAUCACUGACCUCGUUCAGGCCACUUCCGAGACCCAGAAGCGUUGGAUCCAGAAGGUCAUCGUCCACGAGCAUUACACCAACAUCUCUGGCGGUUUUGACAUCGCCCUGGUGGAGCUGGACCAGCCGGUGCAGUGCGGGUACCAAGUGCAGCUCGCCUGCGUGCCUGAUGCGACGCUUAGGGUAUCCCAAUUCUCCGAGUGCUUCAUCAGCGGAUGGGGCGCGAGGGAGGCCAGAAGGGCAUCAUCCCGAUCAGCCCUGCAGGAGGCCAAGGUCCGCCUCAUCAGUGUCAGCCUCUGCAACAGCAGCCUAUGGUACCGAGGGGCUAUCAAGAGACACAAUCUCUGUGCUGGGUACCCGCAGGGUGGCAUCGACAGCUGCCAGGGUGACAGUGGCGGUCCCCUCAUGUGCCGGGACAACCACGCCAACUUCUUCUGGGUUGUGGGGCUGACGAGCUGGGGCCACGGCUGCGCCAGGGCCAAGCAACCAGGGGUCUACACCUCCACGCAGCACUUCCAUGACUGGAUCCUCUACCAGCUGAGGGUGUUCCAUUCCGCACGAGCCUCUGUGACACCCGCAACAUGGAGCCACCAGCACAUCUCCCAUACUCCCAUCCAGGAGACGAUGCCGGCGCCCACGGCCUCAAGCAUCAGUGGCUUCUGCACCUUUCCGGUUCAGGUGCUGGUGGAAUUCACCAGUCGGGUGCAGGAGCUGCUGCAGGCUCUAGUGGGCAAGAAGACUUGA